GCGCGCUCCGCGCGCCAGGGAGGGGGGCUCCCACGAGCCCCCCAGGAAGCUCCAGGAGACUCCCAAGAGGCUCCCAAGAGGCCUCCGUAGCCAUUCUGGCUCAAGAGCCAGGGUGGUUUAAGCCGUGCAGGUUGAGAUGCCGGGCAGCCGGCAGGGCUUGCUGGGCUGGUGCAGGACCGAAUUCGCCGAUGUUUUUCCGCAGCUCGCCAGUCCAGUCAUUCUUCGGCGCGGCAUCCUGGCCACGAAGGAUGGCCGAGCUUCUCAGGUGACGGGCCAUGCCAUCACUGACGAUGACGGAAUAACCAUGACAUACGAUUGGCGCCAUCUGCCACGGUGGUAUCAUCGUUUGUUCUGGGCGACUGUCCUGGUGUCGACAUGUGCAGCAUUGUGGGGCGUCGCGAUUGACUUCAGUGCUGGCGCUAUCGGGCAUGGGCUCGUCAAUAUGGCCUUGCUCUUGUGCGUGCUCUGCAUGGGAGUAGGAUUACACUUCUGGGAGGAGCGGGAGUUUCAGCGAUGGCGAAGCAGGAGGUCCGAUAGGGCGGCGGAGGAGAUUGCUGCCAACACGCCCGCACCUGGUUGUUACUCGCUCUGCAGAUUGUGGCUCGUGGUGUUCUCUGUGGUUGCGAUUGCCAGUUCGCUGAUCGGCCUGCUUCUCGCAGAAGUCUGUGUGUUUACAACGGCAACGAGUCAUCAUCAGGCACCUUCAAACCUUAUGAAGGGGACGUUUCCGAGCCCAGUCGUAUAUUCCACGCAGACGGUCAUCGCGACUCUCAUCUGCACGAGCACUCUCGGCCUCGUGUACUACUCGUGCCACUGGGGCCCGUACAUCUGGAUGGCGAAGCAGGGUGACAUGCCACCUCGAGUAUGGUGGGUGACAGUGUUGUACGAUUGGAUCUUCUGUGGUUGCGUGUGGGGGAAGCUGACGUUCGAGGCGUCACCACACCUCCGCGAUACAAUGUCGUACGGCAUGUUCACGAUCACGAUCAUCAAUUCCCAUUUUCGCAUACAGACCCGCGCAUUGCGCACGUGGGGCAUGCCGCUCGGCGCGGUUGGCAGCCAGAGUCCCCGCUUGUUGUGCAGUCGAAUGCUUGCCCUCAGCCUCGCUCCGUGCUUCUACUACAUCAGUGUGUACGGCUUUCCACCUGUCGUGACCGCCCUCCUGGGCCACGGCUUCGAGUACCCCGACGAGCCCAGAGGCCUCUUCACGGUGCACUCGCUUCGGGCUUCUACUCUCAUUAUGGGGAGUUUCCGCUCAGCAGGGUCGGUGUUGAGCGAGCGGACCGACGCUCUGACCGCGGCACUUGCAGCGGCCGAUGCUCCUGCUGGGCUACGCUGGUGGUACAAGCGAGUGGCCGACUUGCCGCUGUCUCUUCUCAUGGGGGGCACCGCUUGGCUGUGCAUCCCGUCCACCAUUAUGAUGAUCAAGUCUUCUGACCGCUUGGUUGAGCUUUGGCCUAAGAACAAUUGGAUGUUCGUCCCCGCAUACGCGCAGGUACAAUAUUGGAUUGGCAUCUUUGUAGUCAUGUUCGACUCGAUUGUUGGCGGCCUUUUGAACUGCCACACACUUGUGCGCCUCAUCAUUUGCAAUUGGCUCGGAACCAUCUUCAAUAACUUCAUCGCUUCCAUCAUCGGCAACGUGGCGUCUAAGAUGACUGACCCGCUGAACUUCCAGCCAGAGUUGCUCGAGGUACCGCUGGCCGUAGUCGGCGCGUGGCUGACCAUUUUUGGCGCGCUGGAGCUCUCCCUCGACGACGUGAGCUUCUGGCUAUACAUGGCCUACGCCAAAGGCUACAGCCUGGUGGUGGACACGGCCCCUGUCGGCGAGAUGCGCGCGGCGAUGCGGCGCCCAGAGCGCUUUCCCGAACUCUUCCGCCUGAACUUCCCCUUCGAGGGCGUCCGGGCCUGCUGCGUCGCGAACCAGAUCGCCGAGCUCGCCGUGACCGUGAUCGUCCUCGCCCCCGUCGUGCCCGUCUGGCUGCGCACGCGCGGCGCCGCGCACGAGGCCGGCGACGGCUACACGACGCGCGGCACGGGCGCGAUGUGGCUCAUGUGCGGGGACGAGGCGUCCCCUGCGGCCGUGGGCCUCGUGUGCGCCAAGCUGCUCGCCUUCCUCGCCUGCUGCACCGCCGCGAACGCGCUGCAGUUCUGGCUCUGCGGCGCGGCGUGCCGGCGCUUCGCCGCCAGGAUGGCGCGGCGCCCGCGCCCGCCGCCGGCGGCAGCGGCAGAGGAGCCGCGGCGCGGCGAGGCGGCCGCUGGCGCGGAGGAGCCGCCGGCGCGGCCGCGGGCGGCGCGCGGCGGGGCGCCACCCGCGGAGGGCGCGGCGCACGCGGAGGAGGCGCUGCCGAGCGGCGAGCUGAGGAGCGCCUCGCAGAUCCUGGAGGAGCUGGUCGGCGGUCAGCGCGGCGGGCUGCUGAAGCUCGUCUGGAUCAUCUUCAGCUACGGGCUCUGCGUCCCCCUGUAUCUGCUGCGGGCCAACCUGGUCCCCGAGCGCUGCAACGGGAUGCUGAACGGCCCAGGGCUGGGUGACCUGUUCCUGUUUGCGCCGAGGCCCACCAACGCCACGAUCAGUGCGGCAAGGGCCCGGUGCUCGUGAGCGACCGCCGAUGCCCCUUCCCCCUCGCCCCCUCGAACUGCUCAGACGCGGGCAGUGUUGCGCAGCGUCGUCGGCCAUCGGUGUUCUGCCCUCCUCCCUUUCCCCCCCUCUACCACAUUAUGGGAAAAUAUGGGGGAUCCUUCUAUUUGUGCGUAUUUAUCUGCGUGCCUCAGGGCCCCUUCGGUCCCAGCGAAAGGUUCUAAGCCCGGAGCCGAGGGCGCGCAGGCCAGCCGUGCCCCUCCGCAUCGCGGGGCGCGCCCCUCCGGGGGGCGAGGCGGGCGCGCGCUCUCGGCCUCCGCGGGCCGAGGGCGGGCUGUGCGCCGUCGCCUGGAGCAUCGCCUCGCGUGCGUGAGGAGGAGGAGG